UCUAAAGAUGUGGUAUCUAUCUCCCUCCAGGUUACCCUUCUACUACUGUGGUGUUGCGUGAAAGUGAAGCUAAGCUGUUAUCAUUUUUAUAUCAUGAAUAUGGCAAGGGGGUGACAUUUCAAGAACGAAUGAAGGGAUUUUCACUAUGUGAUGCAAUAGCUGUGAAAACAUGUAGAGAGAUUGAAGGAAUCUUUUGUGACUACGUAGCAACACUACUUGAAAAGCCAGUCCUUUACAUUGGACCUGUAAUUCCCGAGCCCAAAAAGGAGCAACAUGAAUUAUCAAAUUGGCUCGAGAAAUUCGAACAAGGAUCAGUAGUGUUCUGUGCAUUUGGGAGCCAAAUGAUUCUUGAAAAGAAACAGUUUCAACAACUUGUUUUAGGCUUUGAACUGACUGAGUUACCAUUUCUUUUAGUUGUUAAGCCACCUCAAGGGACAAAUUCAGUAGAAGAAGCCUUGCCAGAGGGAUUCAAACAAAGGGUUCAAGAAAAGGGAUUGAUUCUUGAUUGUUAGGUGCCACAAUUGAAGAUUUUAAGACACAAAUCAGUUGGUUGUUUUGUGACUCACUGUGGUUAUGGGUCGAUGUGGGAGUCUUUGGUGCUGUGUGAUUGUCAAUUGGUACUUUUGCCAAGGCCUAUUGAUCACAUUUUUACUGCUAGGCUUAUGGGACAACACCUUCAGGUUGGUGUAGAAGUGGAGAAGGAUGAAAAUGAUUUGUUUACAAAGGAGAAUUUGUGCAAGGCUGUGAAAUGUGUGAUGGAUAAAGAUAGCCAAAUCGGUUGUUUAGUGAAAGAGAAUCAUAGGAAAUGGAAGGAACUUCUUUCGAGUCCUGGAUUCAUGAGUAACUACAUUGAUCACUUCAUUCAAGACUUGCAUGGACUUCUAGUUGAAAAGACCUAGAUGAAGUUACGAGAAGUGGAUCGACUGUUGAAGUUACGGGGUUGGCAGAAUCUAGUGUAUUCAUGUUAAGAAAUUUACUUUAUAUGUAUGAAUAAUCUACCCCUAACCAAUUGUUGUCCUGUUUUGAAAUUCAGAACCCAUAAACUUAAAAUGUAUCUAAUGAUGUUACUUGCAUUUAUUAGAUGUUUUAUGUGGUGUUUAGGAGUCCUACACAUUUCCUUCAAAUUUAGAACCCUUUUUUGUUAA